GUACAUUUACCGUUUUGUUAUUCAGCAGCAAAUGUAAUAUAAAGCAAUGUGUAUAUAGAAAAUGCAAUUUUAGUAUCUGAAAAGUAUUGUAGGCAUGAUAUACCGUGUUAUAUUGCAGUUGAUCAUGGAUAAAGAAAUCGGAUGCGAAAGGAUUCUGACAACAAUUAAUUAUUUGCAUGAUGCGCUACCAAAGCCGAGGAAUGUUCUGAGUACCUACAAUUAUUUUCAGGAAACCAUAACUGGACACUAAAAGUAACAAGAGCUGCCAGAAGAGACAGCACACUGGACUAAUUAAAUACUGGACACAAUAACGGAAGAACAAACCAAAAAUAAUCAUUUAUGCCAAUACACACUCGCCAAGAUAGAAGAUCUCGCCGAACAUCAUUCGCGCAUUGUCGUGAAUCUUCCUUGAGAAUGACGACGAACUGUGAAUGCCGAAAGCUGUCGGAUUUCCGCGAACAGUUCCGAAAAUUACAAAAGGACGAAACUGCAAAGAAACCAUGCUGCAUCUGCGACAAAAAAGUGCCAAAGCGAGGUUAAAACGCCUUGUUCCUAUGAUCAGGAUAAUGAAAAAAUACAAUUGGAACACGGAUUUUAUUGCCGACAUGAUAUGCGGUCUGACCGUCGGAAUCAUGCAGCUACCUCAAGGAAUGGCGUACGCUAUGUUGGCUGAAAUGCCGCCGGUUGUCGGCCUUUACAUUUCUUUCUUCCCUGUUCUAAUAUACUUCAUAUUUGGUUCGUCUAGACACAUCUCAAUGGGAACUGUUGCGGUGGUCAGUCUACUGACCGGUUCUGUAGUGGCAAAGUUUUAUGUGGAUGACAACGGAGGUAACAGGGACACGUUGAUUGGCAACUCGAGUCUCAUCGGUAACGGCACAUUAGAUCCGUUUGAAGACUCAAACUCUGAACCUUUUCUGUCGGACUCGAAAAAACUAGGGAUAGCGAUGACGAUCUCGCUGCUUGUUGGAUUCACACAGAUAAUCAUGGGUGUAUUGAGGCUCGGAUUUGUCACAACAUACAUGUCUGAUCCUCUAAUUGCCGGGUUCACAACUGGAACAGCUGUUCACGUGGGUACUAGUCAAGUAAAGUAUAUUCUCGGUCUGAACAUCCCUCGUACAGACGGCCUCUUUCAAGUUGUCAAGACAUACAAGUUUAUCUUUGAGAGGAUCACACACACUAAUGUGGCGACCCUGAUAGUCUCGUUGAUCUGUAUUGUCAUCCUGUACCUGGUGAAGGUCCAGAUAAACCAGAGGUUCAAGGCCAAGCUGAAGAUACCUGUACCCAUUGAACUAUUUGUGGUAAUAGUCGGAACGGUAACAUCAUACUUUGCCCAUUUCAACGAAAACUACUAUAUCAAGGUCGUUGGCAUUGUGCCAGCAGGACUUCCGGAACCGGCGCUGCCAUCAUUUGAAGGUGUGGAUAAAUAUAUUGCCGAUAUUCCAAUCAUCGCUAUCAUCUCCUUUGCUCAAUCUGUGUCGCUGGCUGCGAUGAUGGCGAAGAAAAAUAAAUAUGCCAUCGAUGCAAACCAGGAGUUGAUAGCGUACGGAGCUGGAAAUGUAUUCGGAUCAUUUUUCUCGUGCUACCCUUACGCUGCCUCCGUGUCGAGAAGUUCCGUACAGGAUUCUGCCGGGGGUAAAUCUCAGAUUGCAAGUUUAUUUUCCGCCAGUAUGGUACUGAUCGUGAUACUCUGGCUCGGACCUUUGUUUGAAUCUCUACCGAAUUGCGUUUUAUCAGCGAUUAUUGUGGUUGCAUUACGUAGCCUUAUUCUGCAAGUGCUGGAAUUACCCAAAAUAUGGAAAACUUCAAAAUAUGACUUUUACAUUUGGGUGGUCACGUGUCUAAGUGCUACGCUAUUACACGUGGAUUACGGGCUUAUGAUUGGACUCGUGUUUUCUUUCUUCACAGUGGUGCUACGGACACAAAUGGCAAGACCAACCAGACUGGGUAAGAUUACCGAUCAGAACGUGUACAAAGACCCAAAGAAGUACUUACAGACCUCUCAGUUAAGCAACGAAGUCAAGUUGAUUGGUUACAACUUCCCAAUCUACUUUGCCAACGGAGACCUCUUUGUCCGAGAAGUGUAUCGCCUAUCAACCAUCAAACCAGAAGUGCUCAGGAAACAAGUUCUUAGAGCGUCUCUAAAGCGUGAGAGUUUAGGACGUAGUACGACGUCAAUAAGCAACAUGGGAACUAACAUAGGGAGUAAUAAUGCGAUUGUUGAGAUUCAAAGGCAUGACAGUAUAGCGUCGACAAAUGGUCAAUUACCCGAGAUAUAUGACAUCAACCCGUUCGAAUUUGAGAUACCUCUCACCCAUAUCAUUAUUGAUCUCUUGGCGGUGUCUUUUGUUGAUAGUGUAGGCUGCAAAGUGAUCAAAACUCUGAUUGAAGAUUACGAGAAUGUACACGUGAGGGUAUACCUAACUAACAUUUCGGAUGAAAUCUGGAAUGUAUUUGAAGCAACAGAAAUUAUUCCGGCGCGGAAGGAUAUCAUGUUUGUAUCCCUGGAUGACGCUAUAGAAGCUGCAAGAACCGACAGUAAACCGGAUAUAAGAGAAAACGGAUUAAGUAAAGUAGAUCUCGUUCAUGUAAAGCCGAAGUAAUAAUAACAUGACUGUAAUCAUUACGUAGAUGAUUCACAUGCAAUUCAACCUGUGACUGUGCGACCAGACCUUACAGAACAUUUUUUUACGAUACAUUUUUUUCCCGUCGGGAAUUCUAUUUUAGAUUUUAUUCUCCAAAACUAUAAAAUAUGUGAA